UAACCAAUAGGGAUUCAUAUAAGGAGCCCAGUAGCCAUGUUGCUACAGAAAGAUAUUCACCUGUUCGCCGUGCUUCGGAAGGAUCGGGUGCACCUGGACCAGCUAUCCAAGCUAUACAACAAGAAUAUCAACAAUUACAAAGAUUAGCAUCUCCUUCACAUAGUCCUGCAAGUAUUCCUGGAUCUCCUGUACAUGAAAGAGGUGUAGCGGCAAUUACGCAAGGUCUUAGUGGUUUAACUACAACGCCGGUACAGGGUAGUAUCGUACAUGGUACGCCAGCGCAACCACCGGCGACACCAUUAGAUUUAAGUCCUCUUAGGCAUCAUAGAUCACCUGCUACUACCCCUGUAAGUUACUCCCCCAGUAAUAGUCCAGCAUUGGAUAUGAUACAAGAAGAACAUCCUGUAGAGGUACCAAGGGUAAGUAACAUUUUAUUAAAUAUAAUAAAA